AUGCUCCAGAAGGACUCACCUGCUGAUGGCGUUCCAGCUGGCCCUGAUGAUGCACCACCACAUGUGUUUUCUCAUCGCCGAUAUCUUGCGCCUGUCAAUGAGGACAGCACUGCCAGCAACAAGGAACAAAAGUGGCAGUGUGUUGACCCAUUGACCAAGGGAAUGUCAUUUCUCUCCUUUGGUCAUGGGGUUAGAUCCUGUCCUGGCAGGUCCUACACUGAAAUCUUUCCCUAUUCUUUUUUGAUCAAGAUGCUACAGACUUUUGAAUUUGAACUAACACCAAACCACCCACUAGUAAAGAUAGUUGCUGACACUGUCAUGGCUCCAGACAAAGACAUCCAGCUCAAGUUGACACCACUCUCCAAUGAUGAGAUGUAG